UCCAAGGUAUUUUUUUUUAGAAGGCACUGUAUUGUAGAAGGCACUUUGUUCCAAAUCUGUAUUUCCUUGCGGCUAUGCAUUGUAGUUUUUUUUCUAGUAUUAAAAGACUAUCAGCUAUUCUGACAUGCCAAUUUGAAUUAAACUUUUCUAUGGGAUUAAGAAUUUGUAAACACCUUGGCUCUGAUUAAAAAGAAAUUGCUUACCUAGGUUUUAAUAAACCAAUAGAAAAAUCUGCGGUAAACAGGCCGUGUCAUGUCUGACUGGGAUAACCGUUUAUAAACGUGGCCAUUUAACGUGCUAUCGGACAGCUGUUUAUAUAUAUAAAAUUAAACCGGUACAAUCUGGAGGAAUUGGCAGAUAUUAAGUUAUACACAUCAGAUUUUUACGUUUUAAUAAUACUGAGUUGUUUAGAAAGCCCUGCAGAUCUACACAGACACCCAACUCAUCAGCCAGAUUUGGUAGUCGUCGUAAUUUGCUUGGACUUGGUGGAUCAGACGACAGUGGUGACGAUGAUGACGGAGAUGACAGUGUCUUCAAAUGGCCUCAUUCCAGACAUGGUACAUCAAGGAGUCAAAGUCGACAGUCAUUAAAUCAUAGUAGACAGUCACUUAAUCAUAGUCGACAGUCACUGAACCAAAGUCGACACUCACAGAAAAGAGGACCGAGUAGUUCUCAUCCUCGUACAUUUUCACCAAAUCCUAGAUCAAGAUCUCGCAACAGUCGACAUAAUCAAUCUAAUGAUGAUUUGAAGAAAGGUGCCGCUGCAGCUCUUGAGUCGGAAAGUGAGGAAUCUGGAUAUGGUGAAACUUACUAUACUAUGCACGCAUCGAGUUUUGAUAAUGUACUAGAAAACGAAACAAUCGACACAAUGAGAGGCACACCACUUGGAUUAGAUAUGACUCGUUAUUCCGAUAACGAUUCAACUGUUAGUUACAUAACAGGAGAAUUCCCUCAGGCCAACCCUGAGGAUCUCCGUAAUACUAUGACACAGACACCAGGUCAUGCUAGAACCCAGACUGAGCCUGAUAAUGACUCACCAAGAACAAUACACACUCAGACAAGUGGACUAGCUAGGAAUAUGUCCAUGCAGACAUCCCGCAUGUCCAUUGCGUCCCAACGAUCCACUGGAUCUCGUGGAUCCCGUGCUGAUUUAUUACGUAGUAUUCUGAUGGAUGUAAAAGAAAUAAAACAACAGAGAGGGUUAAAUGAUAGCCCAGGACUAUCAGAGGAUUCAAUGAUAUCUAAUACAUCAAUGAAGAAAAACAUGUUACAAACAAUUCAGUCGGAUGUUCAAGCUCUCAAAAAUGAGGGCAGGCAAGGAACUGCAGGAACACAGACUAUUUCUGAACAAGGAACUCAAACUGGAAUAAAAUUGUUCCCAGAAGGGGACUCCGCCCGUAAUUCCCGUCAUGGACGUCUCCGUGACUUAAUGGAUGAUGUGAAGAAUUUAAAGGGAGGAAGCCCUGAUAGUCCUAACGAUUUAAGAUCUCGCCAGAGUUCUCGUACUGGUACACCAUAUGAAAGGCGACCAGUGUCAAGUGUACAAAAUCGACCAUCCCCCGUUCGAUUUUCUACACCUGGACCAGCCACCAAUGGACCAGUACAGAAUGGUGUACAUGAACAAAACGGAUAUGACUAUCCUCAACAACCUUACAUGAGAUCGUUACCUGUGCCACCCAAUCCUCAGCCACAGAUGAACGGAUAUCCUCAGUAUCCAGGCAGGAUGGUGACACAGGAUGACAUUAAUGCCAUCAGUGAUAGAAUUCAACGAUUAUCAAACUACCAGCUGCCACCAAGGCGUACGCUUCCACAACCUCCUCCCCCUCCUCAGCCACCUCAGUAUAUUGUACCAGUGUAUACAGCCCCUCCACGACGUGUACGCAUCAACGAAUUUCCUCAAUCAUAUAAUGAUGAAGAUGGAUUUAUGUCUGAUGAAAGUGAAUAUGAAGGUGGUCAUGCCCCUAGGAGAGGGAGAAGGCGUCGUAAUCGCUUAGAUCAUUUAGACAUCGAAGAUGCCUUAGACGAAGCUGUCAAACAAGGUCGUCAGCUGAAAAAUAUGUCAAAGAAAAUGAAAGAUUCUUUGAGAGAGGAUCUUUUAGAUUUAUAGAUAUUUUAUUUAUUUAUUAUCGUCUGUGAUUUAGGAUUUUUAAGCCUACUGUGAUAUUGAAAUAUUUGUACGCAAGGUGUAAAUGUGUAUGUUGUGAAGAUAUUUGACUUUUCUCCUAAAUGAUUUGUGCAGAGAUGUGCAAAAUUUCAAGCCUUUAUAUGUGUGCAAAUGUGUGUAAACAUUGACAUUUUGAAAUUGAAUUGGUAAUUCAUGGAGGUGCUUUAGAAAUUCUAAAUGGAUCACUUAGGAGAAGUUUUUAAAUGAAUAUUUUACCUCUUUACAUUAUUCAUUUUCCAUUGAUAAUUUUGUUAUUGAACGAAAUUUUAUUGACUUUCAAACAAACCAAUUUAAAUAUGGAGCUAAUCUGCUAUUUAAAAUUUUUAUUUUACUUGGCUCAGUUUCAUAAGAGUUUGUAUAACAUAUUUUCAGAUCAGAAUGGAAAAGCGAGAUAAGAUUUAUCCUGAAUUUGAUAAAUUCUAUGUCAAUAUCAUAUCAAACAUACAGAUUUUUAAAUCCAGGGUUUAUAUAUGCAUUUAUUAAUGUUUGUCUCGACUUGUGAGUUUUUCAUUUCAAUUUUUUUGUAAACGUUAAGCGUUAUUUAUUUAUUUAACAGUUAUACUGUAUGACUUGUUUUGCACAUCCACUAAAAGACAAUCUAAGAGAUAUAUAGAAUCUUGCCUAGAGACCAUCUGUCCAAUACUCAUUCAGGGAUUUUUCAUUGAUAUAUGAAUAAAAGAAAGAAGAAAAAGUUUCAAAAUUAGUUUGUAAUUUUUUUGCAGCAUCUCAAAGCUAGCAAUUUUUGUGCUUUUAACCAAUGUAUUCUGAAAUGUUCAAAUCACUUCAAUUUAUGUACAAAAAUUUAAUCUAAAAUUUAUUUACCAAUAUUCUUAUUAAAAGGAGGUAGUGGGUCAAUCGGCAUCAAAGGAAAUUAUGUUUUUGAUUUUUCUUCAGAACAUUAGAUUGGUAUUGCCCAUAUAAAGAUAAACUUGUAAACAAUUGUAAGCAAAAGACUAAUGCAUAUUUUAAUGAGAAAUAUUGGAUUCAAUUUGAUUUCAAUGAAUUGCUUUGAAACAUCUUUGAAAAAUCCCUGAAACAUUGAUGAUCUCAAUAAGAAAACUUUCAAGAUUAAUUCAUAAAGUAUCAGGAUCAAUGAAAUCUACCGGGUUUGUGAGAGAGAUAAAAUAAUGUAUUGAUUGGUUUAUGUUAGUUGUUGAGCGAAGUGGAGUGCAAAUAUUAACAGUAUUGAUUGUAAAAAUAUGAAAUUGCAUUUAAUUUUUAUAUCAAUCAAUAAUAUCAUUUUUUUGUACUUUUUUUUGUACAUUUUUAUGUGAUAACAAAUAUUUUUAUGUUGCUUUUGCAAAAAAGAAAUCCAUUAUUUUCAUUUGAAGUCGUAACUUGUCAGAUGAUAGGGUAGAUUAGUUCAAAAUAAGAUAAACUGGAAUUAUAUAGGAGCUAGGAUUAGAACAAAAAUUCAGUCCAUUGGUUGUACUAGUAGAAGUUUUUUUUAUCAAUAUCAUAUAAAUUUUAAAGUAUUUCUUUUCAUUUUAUGAUCAAAGUCAAAUUUGAAAAUCCUUCACUAGUUGACUCCACACUAAAUUAAAAAAAGUGUGGUACCAGGAUGAGAAAAUAAGAAGUUAUCUCAUGGCAGUUAAAACAACACUUUAUGUGCUUUUUGGGUUACUUUUAUGUUCUUUUGAAGUAAAAUUAGAAAAAUACCUUGUUUUUGAUACUUUUAAAGUGAAUUAGUGGUAAGAUUUUCCAAUCUGUUUUUAAAUUGUCAGCUCAAAAGAGGACCAAGUCUCCAUUUUUUAGCAUUUUCUACAUAUAAAUUAUUGAACAUGUUGAACACUUUGCUAUAGUUCUAAGAGUUUGCUUCGAACACUAAACAUAUUUAUAUAUUUCCUGUUAAAUGUAUUAUUUGAAAUUUGUUUACUAGAUAAUAUAUUUAAUUAACAGAACUACACAUUCCAUCCAAAUUUAAAUUUUUCUACGAAUUUAUAUAUUUUUUAUCUGUGAUAAAAUAAGAUUGAAGAUCUGAUAUGGUUUUACAGGGAAAGCUUUAUAUUUAUGAGAUGAAGCAUUUAUAUGUGUUAUUUUCUUGUCUUAAUAUUUAUAUAUAUAUAUUUAACAUAUUUCAAUUUCUUUUUAUACUUUUUUAAUGUUUUUAAAGUUUAUUCCAUCCAAUUUUGAUUCCUCAUGUUAGGCAUUAGAGAUGCAACUAUAUAUAGUAACAAGUAGUGCAUGUGAUAUCAAAAUCAUGUGAUCAGUGAUUUUUAGUGAAAAAGUCACAUGAUAAAUUUUAGUUAAUGACUGCAACUAGCAGACGAGCAUUUAUAUUGUUAUGAAAAUAAAUUAUUUAUUAUAAA